GAUCCGACAACUCGGCAACUGCAAGGCACAAAAGUCGAAACAAGAAAAACGGGUGUUGUGCUUAGCGAUUUCCAACUUUAUAUCACAUCGCGUUCAACUCCGGAGGAGAGUGGUGGUGCCGGACAGAGUACGAGUUCGUGUUAUUUUGGCAGCGCAAUGCCCUCGUGCAACAUGUUCUUCGUAUAUUCGUUUCUGUUUUUCUGCUUGGUUUUAACUGAAAAUACUUCGGGCGAACCUCUGAGAACUUGUGAACCAAUUGGUGUUGAGUUAUGUAUGGGACUCGGUUAUAAUAUGACGGGCAUGCCGAAUUUAGGAGGAAACGAUGCUCAACAAGACGCCGACUACAGUUUAAAGUCGUUCACGCCUCUGAUACAGUACGGGUGCAGUCAGCAGUUGAAGCUGUUUUUGUGUUCAGUGUAUGUGCCGAUGUGUACUGAAAAAGUGCCGAAUCCUAUUGGACCUUGCCGGGGACUUUGCGAAAGUGUCCGAUCCAGAUGCUACCCUGUUUUACAAGUCUGGAUAUCGGUUUGGGCACUAGCUUGUAUAGCUUCAAGUCUUGCAUCACUAAUAACUCUAACACUAGGAGGUGGUAGAGUUUGUGCACCUCCAUUAGUAGGAUUGUCACUGAGCUACUUAUUGGUAGGAUCUGGAUGGGCAUUUAGAGCGUUUACCGGACCCACAGGUUCAACAUGUUGGACACCCGAUUCGGCAGUAUUAAGGCCGGCAGAUGGUCUGCCUAAUUUAGUCUGCGCCUUCGUCUUUCUGUUAUUAUACUAUUUCGGAAUGGCAGCAAAUGUUUGGUGGGUAUGUCUUUGCGCCUGGUGGCUGGCCAGAUCUUCUACCUCUUGGAGUCCCGAAAGACUACGUGGGUUAACUAGUGCCCUGCACGUAUGUGCAUGGGGCUUUCCUGCCCUUCAAACUGUGAUUGCCCUGGUGUAUCGAGAUGUAGAUUCAGAUGAAUUAACAGGAACGUGUUACAUCGGCAAUAAAAAUCUAUUCACUCUCUGGUACCUAGCGUUAGUGCCGCACUUCCUUUAUUUUUGCGCUGGAGGACUACUGCUAACGAUAGGCUGGAUCUUCGUUCUCAAGGCACCGAAGUUGCCACGGAAUUCCUUAUCGACGCCACUCACUCAGGGGCAGCCCCGCACGGAAAGGGAUUUUCUGGGCGCUUUGGCAACAUUGUAUGUGGUUCCAAUUUUUGUAGUAAUGAUGAGUUAUUUCAUCGAAUAUAGUGAUAGAGAAAAAUGGUUGAGUGGAGAUCAGAAACCAUCGAUGUGGUUUUUUUUGCUAUUGCGCCACUUCAUGUCCUUAUUUAUGGGAAUCAGUUCUGUUUUGUGGAUUUGGUGUGAAAAAUCCGCUCAAGUAUGGAAGUCGGCUUUGAAACGUCUUGGGCCCCGGUUCAAGCCCAACAAAAAUACAAUAGCUUUAAAGUAUUCCGUUCCACAUCAUUCUGGGGUUAUCAGUAUGCAGGGCAGUGCAUACAGUGGUUCAAGACAAAGUAGUCACCCUCAUUCGAGCAGAAAGUCUUCUAGAAGUCACCACCUACGCAAUGGAAAUGAAACGGUCAUUUAAAUUGGUCUAAAUAUGGCAGUGUUUUAAAUCGUGCAAAAAGUCAUCGAUAUACUGAUUGGAAAUUUCCUAUGACAAAGUAGAUGAUUUUCGUUAGCCUUCAAUGGCUAAGCUUUUCAAGCUAUAUAUAAUUUUCUCAAACAAUGUUCUGACAUCACAGAGUAGAAAAUUUUGUUAAUUUUAUAUUGUCUAUUUGGGUCCCUGCCGUUGCUCGUCAAUGGCUAGGCAUCAAAUUAAAGGACUGAAAUUAUAGUAUUACAAUAAUCAGGUCCAUUUAAAAUCACUAUCACAGUGAAACCUCAAUACAUUUAAUUUAUUUGUAUUACUCAUGUGCUACAAACGAUCGCAUUGUCUAAAUCUCUUUUAGUGAAAGUGUGCACUUUCUACACUUCUUUUAGGAUUAAUAAGUAGUAGCUUCUAAAUGCUUACUUUGGUGCAUUUGUAUUUUUUUGUAUAUAUGUAGAACUGAGAGCAAUUUGAAUGGUCUGCUAAUCUAGUGCCAGUUUUAUUGCAGACCUUUUUACAAAACAAUAACCUAAAGUUUCAAAACUCGCGGGUGGUAAGACAACUAAUUAUGUCGAAUAAUAGUAUAUUAUAUACCUAGGUAGAGAAGUAAGCUAUUAUAUACCGAGAACUUUUAUAUAUAAUGUGCGAGGUAUUUAAUAGUCUUCUCGACCGAAGUAUAUAUAUAGAAUUUUUUUGCUACUAACACGGAUAAUUUCCUAAAUUGAUUUAAUUAGAUUUUGAAUUUCCAAUAAAUUUUCUGAAAAGUGACAUUAUAUUUGAUAUUCUGACGUUCAGUUGGCAAUUUUUUCUGUCUCCAGAAAACUGCGGGCGAAAUAGUUCUAUGAAAAACUCUUGGGAAAGGCGAAAAAUUUGUGAAUGUUAAAGUUAAAGUGAUUUUCGAACUGAAAAUGGAUGGAAUGAAUCUCUCUUGAACUUAUAAAGGUGGACAACUAACAAUAAUGAAGAACGUACACAUCUUUCAUUAUUUACCUAGGGACUUUUUUAUUAUUUUGAUUGACCUAGGGAGAGAAAUAUAACUUCUAACUAGCGAAAUGGAGUAAAUAAUGGGGACUUCUCGGGUUAGUAGUAAAAAAACAUAUCUCAUGGUGGCGUCAUUUACAUGCAUUAUAAUGUAAAUAGUAUUGAUACAUAGUAUUUAUUUUGUUAACUAAGUUAUACUUAAAUCAAUGAUUUGAUAAUAUUUUUGUAUUUAGCUCGCUAUAGGAGAGGGCUUUUGGAGACUUUUCUCAACAUUAUUUAAAUACGUAAUGUUUCGCCUCAUUUCGUAGAGUUAAGUGCUUGUUUAUUUUCAAAAAAUCAGUUGUUGGAAAAAGACUAGUCUUGUGUAUUUUCAAACUAAACCUGUGUGAAAAAAAUUAACUAACACAAAGUUGUACCAUCAUAUGGGCAAAACAUAUUUUUAUUCGAAUGAAUCUGAAACUGCCAUUUUUCAAUCAGAAGCGAUGAUCAUAAAGAAGCACUUUUCUUUACUCUUCAUUUGUUUCACUUUUGCGCAUGGACUUGUACGCACAUGUGCGCAACAGGAAAUGUGACAAAUUUAACAUAUCACUGUCAUUAUAUUUUUAAAGUAUUUUCAUUAAAAAGUAACUGACAUGCUUUCUAAUGAAUUACGUAGGUUUAUCGACAACUGUUGAUCAUAAUUUAAAGUUUACGUACAAUUUGUAAAUUAUAACUUGGUUACAAGUUGUUUACAAUUACACUCAUUGUUUGAGUUGUAUUUAUAUGCUUACAAAAGUACGCUUUUGAAAACUUACAAACGUCAAAACGUGACAAUGUCAGAAAUGGCACUAAUAAUUCGUGUUAUGUCUUUCAUUCGAAUAAAAAAUGUUGUUUGAUACGAGGGAGAAAAUCAGUUUUUCGAACUCCUGACGAUACUUUUCGCCCUUGUAUCGAAAACUACUAUUUUACUUUUCGCACAUAGGCCAUAAUCAUUAUGAAGCACUAGGUGUUCUACUUUUGCGCCCACAGUAUACGGGAAAGUAAAUAUAUCAUAUUGUAUGAUGGUAUAAGUGUAAGCUCCAAAAACAAAAAAAUGUCCGGUUAUGGGAGGUGGCCCUGUAAUAAAGUUAAGUAUUUAAUUAAAAAGCAAUAUUUAUUUUCAGCUGUUUUAUCACAUUUUUCAACGCGUCUUCAAGUCUGGAACAAAUAAAUAGGCAAAAUGAAUUAAACGAAAUUGGAAAUUGAAGGUAAUCAUAGAGAAAACAAAGUUGGUAUAUCCAACUUGUAAAAAGGGAAGAAUGCUUGGAGAAUGUUUUUCAUUAUUACCUUCACUUCCUUCGUUAUGGGUCACUAUACCGUAUACGUGGGCCAUUAACUGUAACUGUGAGCUGUGAGAUCUUAUUAACGGAUAUCAUAUGUUUUAGACAAUGAUAUGAUUGUCUAACUAACAAAUCUUGCCUGCUUAGUAUUUUUUUACUUUUAAUUUAUACUUUAUAUGGAAAAUGUCACUUUAUGGAAGAGUGUGCCAUAGUUUGUUCAGAAUAUCUGUACACAUUUUACUUAAUGAAUCUUACAUUUAGCAAUUUAUAAAUAUUUUUGUGAUAUAUGUUCUAAGUUAACUUUUGUACAGUACAAUAAAGACUUUGAGGAUUUA